CCCUCUCUCGGGGCUGAAAUCCAAGAGGGGCUUUGCAACAUGCAACUCUCCAGAAACUAUAUCCCAUCAGGAUUUCUCCUAGUUCUCUUUUACAGCCCCGUCUCUUUGGCCUGGAGUUCCACGCUGCCCAGCUCAAUCCAAGCUCUGAAAGGCUCCUGCGUGGUCAUUCCAUGCUCCUUCACCUACCCGGGUCCCCGCAGUUCCUGGAAAGGCAAAUUCAGCGUGGCUUGGUACCAGUACUGGUCGCGAGGUUACCCUGAAAUCUACAACAGCAAGAGCUCGAGUACCGUACUUGCCGAGUAUCAAGGGCGGACGCAGGUGGUGGGAGACCUAGAGAUGGGCAACUGCACCCUCCUUCUCAAAGAUGUGACCCACGGGGAUGCCAUGAGUUACUACGUGUGGAUCAAUCCAGAUUCAGUCAAGCACCGGUUCUAUGAUGUCACUGUCCGGGUGGAAGUAACAGACGUUCCAAGCCAGCUUGAGAUGAGCGAUCCGGGGUUCUUGACCGAAGGCGAUCGCACCUUGCUGACGUGCUCAGCGUUGCACACCUGCCCGAUGGCCCCACCUAACCUCACCUGGAGCCUUGCGGGAGAGAAGGCUGUGACAGUCCAGGAACGUCUGGCCGGGGGUGUCUGGCGAACAGAGUCGGAGCUCAGCUAUGUCCCCUCCCAUGAGGACAACGGCAGACAUCUCCAGUGCACGGCCACCUUCCCCACCCGGCAGCGGUCUCAGAGCGGUAUCACCUUGCAGGUUAAAUAUUCCCCAAAGGAUGCCGUUGUCUCUGUGGUGGGGAACCCAACGCUGAAGGAAGGAGACAGUGUCACCCUGCGGUGUAGCAGCCACAGUAACCCCCCAGCCCUCAGUUACCGCUGGUUUUAUGGGCCACGCAAGGCACCGCUGCGGGGAGCAGGCACUGGGCCGGAGGUGAAGCUGACGGACGUCAAGAGGGACUCUGGCCCGUAUUACUGUGUUGGGGUGAAUGAUGUCGGGAUGGGAGAGGACUCGCCCCCUGCGGACCUCAAUGUGGAGUACAAACCGGUGUUCCUGCCAGAAGGGAACUGUACCAUGUCCAGGACGGGCGAGACAGUCACGUGUUACUGCGUGGCGGAAGGAAACCCGGUACCACUCAUCGAGUGGCACCUGCCCAACCAAACCAUUCCCGAGGACUUCAACAGCUCGGAGCUGCAGGCAGCCGCGGCUUCACUGGAGAACACAGUCAUCGGGUUCCUGAGCGGCCCCGCAUCCAGCCUGGCCAACGUGUCCUGCUCUGCCACCAACCUACAUGGGCCCAGCCAGGUCACCCUGCCCACAUUUCAAGAAGGACAGUCUACCCUGCUGUUCAUGGCAGUCGGGGGUGCCGCUGGGGGCCUCCUCCUCUUUAUCCUGCUGGGGGUUGUGAUUGUGAUCAUCAAAGUGAUAAAGAACAGGAAAGAGAAGGGGAAAGGGCAAGAGGAGGAGGAAGAAGAGGAAGACUCAACCCUGUAUGUCAAUGAUGGAAACAGGGAGCAAACGGUGUCUCUUAAAGAAGAAACGCCACCCAACUCUCAGAAGGAGGAGCAAAUCAACUUGUACAGCAAGCCCAAGGCAGGAGUGAGCCCAACUGCUUUCAAGGAUACAUGCACUGAAGCCUACGAGACGAUGGAAAGGAAAGACGAAGAUUAUGAGAAUGUUGCGUCGUUGGGGCCUCUGGGGAAUUUCGGGGACCUGAGCAACUGGCAGCCCACUCCGGGGACUGACCAGAUCUACUCCAACGUCUGA